AGACCUGCUGUGCAGGAUGCAGACGCUGCCGCCAGCACCAGCACCGUGUGCAGCAGUGACUGCACCAUUCCCAGCACCUCUGGUCUGGAUGGCAUUCCAGAGCGUGUGCCACUGCAAAGUCGCGGCGAUUACUUGCAGUUUGUUCUACCGUCGUUUGGCCCUUACGAGGACAUCUUACGAAGGAAAGUACCCAUAAGUGGCCGAGUUCGACGCGCCAUUACAGAUGGGCUAUUUCAAGCCUGUGUGAAGAUAGCGUGGCUGCCCAGUAAGCUGCUCUAUAGAACGGCAGUGGAGAGACUAAUCACCAAGUAUCCGCACCUAAAGGAUGACAUUGAAGAUCAGAGUGGAAUGGAGUCAUGGGUGCUGGGACUGCGGGCAAAAUUUAAGAACAUGCGAAAGAAGGUCGAGCAUCCUUCUGAGGAAAUGCAGACAGUGAAGCGGAAGGCCCACCACACAGGGACAAAGGUGCCCCCAUCAAAUGCACCUAACAAGAAGUUGUGCCGCCUGUUCGAUUGCAGCCACUUGAUUGUACACGGUGAAACCGUUGAUUCUAUCUCGCUGCACAACGAGUGGCUCCACAAGAAUCCUCACUGCAGGGAUGAGGAGAUGCUGCGACCCAGGCUGCUAGCCACAGCUCAAGAUCGGCACGAGCGCCUAAAAAGCAUGACGCUUGCUGAAGCAUUACUUCUGUACCCAUUUUUGGCAACGGAAGUCUCGCUGCUGGUGGAGUUCGAAACUCUCUUCAAGAGGGCAGCAGCCGACUGCAUUCAAGAUGGCUGCAGUAAAAUGGGGACCGUCAUCCUUGAUCGGGGAAGUCCCGAUGAGGUGGCAACGUUCUCGGAAGUGGCAACUGAGGAACCUGUGCUGGCUGUGCUGGAGUUCGUAGCAGCGCGCUGCAAGGAGCAGCUCGACACCAUCUUCACAACGGAAGCACCACAGCUGACCCCAUCAUUGGUUAGGUCUGAUGGAGCCCUGGACCUCUUUGUGGAUGGCCAGCGGCUCUUCAGUGUGUCGAACUUAUUAGCAGGGAUUGCAUGCCUGUUUUCCUCAUUCUGGGUGUUUCAUAUUGAGUAUCCUAGGAAAGCAUGUAAACAGUUAACAUUCUUGGAACAUGCUUUUUUGAAUCUAAGCCACACAAAGCCACGUGUGAAAGCCCUAGAGCUGAUCAAUUUUUUCAAAGCAUAUAAGCAGUGAUCGAACAGUGGGAAACAUUUGCACUG